CGGUUUUGAUGAUGUGAGCGAGAGAAAAUGAGUUGCUACGUUCGAACAUUGGCUGUAUUUAUGUUUUCGUUUUAUCAAGUUGUGAAUUCCUAUGUGUAUGAAAAAGAAACUCGUGUUGGUCCUUUACCUUCCCGAACUUAAUGCGGAAUACACACAUUAUUGCGACAAGCAAAUUAAUCGUUUGAAAAAAAACGUGAAAAAGUGUGAUUCUCCAUCGGGAUUUUUUGCAAACAAGUAAUUGUGUUAAUUGUGAACAUUUGAAGAAAGUGAAUUUUUAUCGAAAUCAAUUUUUUUCUGCCGAAUUUUAUUUACUGCCGACACAUUUUUCCAACUCUUAACCUCUACGAGUAAAACAACUUGACUAUUUAGACAAAAUGGUUGCUAAAGUUAAAGGAAACAAACGUAAGCAACAACCAGAAGAGGCCACACCAUGGGCUGAAUUGAAAGAUGGCGUUUUGGUUGCCAACGAGAAAAAGGCAAAAGUUGUUGAUACACCCAACAAAAAGGUAUUGGAUCAACGGCAAAAAAACUAUGAACAAUUUCUGUCGGAAGACAUCAAAAAUAAUUCCACGUUUGAUACAUUAAAGGAUGCCAAACCGAAAAAGGGUGCACCAGUCGUUGUCAAGAAACAAGAAAGCAGCAGUGAAGACGAUAGCAGUGAAGAGGAACAAGUCGCUGUUAAACCAACACCAGUGAAGAAUGGCAAAGCCAACGGUGUGGCUAAUGGCAAGGCUAAACCAGUUCAAGCUAAAGAGAGCAGCAGCGAAGAAGACUCUGAUUCAGAUGAAGAAGAGGAGGUCAAACCGACACCAGCCAAACAAGCUAAAGUUACACCAGCAAAGCAAAACGGUAAAGCUGCUCCAAAGGCUGUUGCCGCUGCUGAAAGCAGCAGUGAAGAGGACUCUGAUUCAGAUGAAGAAGAAGAGGAGGUCAAACCGACACCAGUUAAGCAAACACCAGCCAAGCAAACACCAGCCAAGCAAACUAAAGCCGCUCCAGUGAAACAAAACGCAAAGGCUGCUGCUAAAGCUGAAGAAAGUAGCGAAGAGGACUCUGACGACGAUGAUGAUAGCGAAGAGGAAGAAGAAAAACCAAAACCAAAACCAACACCAGCUAAACAAGCUAAAGUUGUGCCAGCCAAAAAUGGUAAAGCUGCAGCUAAAGUCGAAAGUGAGGACGAGUCCGAUAGCGACGAAGACGACGAUGACGAUGAUGAGGAAGAAGAAGCUCCUGUUAAAAAAGGUACGCCAGCUGCUAAGGCCAAAAAAGAGAGUAGCGACGAUGACAGCAGCGAUGAUGACGAAGAGGAAUCACCAGUUCAAGCUGUUGUCAACAAGAAAUCAGCACCAGCCGCCAAGAAACCGGCCAAGGAAGAAUCGGACGAUUCCGAUGAGUCAGACAGUGACGAUGAGCCAGCCGAAGAGGAGCCAAUUCAGAAGAAACCAACCAAGGCAGCUGCAAAGGAUGACAACAAUCCAUUCGGUAAGGGAACCAAACGUAAGGCAAACGAUAACAAUGACCGUGCACCACAGAAUAAAUUCAACAAGGGAGGUGAUGGCAACCGCCAAACCACUUGUUAUAACUGCAACGAAACUGGCCACAUGAGCCGUGAAUGUCCAACAAAAAAGGGACCAGGCAAAUGUUUCAAUUGCAAUGAAGAAGGUCACAUGAGCCGUGAAUGCCCAACAAAGAAACAAGGUGGAGGUAACACCACUUGUUAUAAUUGCAAUGAAACGGGCCACAUGAGCCGUGAAUGUCCAUCGAAGAGACAAGGUGGCGGUAACACCACUUGUUAUAAUUGCAAUGAAACGGGCCAUAUGAGCCGUGAAUGCCCACAGAAAAAAGGCCCUGGUAAAUGUUUCGCAUGCGGAGAAGAAGGUCACAUGUCACGGGAAUGCCCCACAAAAUCAUCAGAGGAAAAAGUUUGUUUCGGCUGCCGUCAACCAGGACACAUGUCCCGCGAUUGCCCAACUGGCCAGAAGAGUAAGGGUUGCCUGAAAUGCGGCUCUGAAGAACACACAUACAGACAAUGCACACAAGAAGGAGACAAAUUCGCUUUUGCCGACUGUUUUGUGUGUAAAGAAAAGGGUCACAUUUCAAACCAAUGCCCACAGAGACAAGGUGGUUUCCAAGGCGGCAAAGGAGGUGGCUUCAAUAAAGGAGGCAAUAAGGGUGGAUUCAACAAAGGAGGCUUCAACAAAAACGGUGGUGGCAAACCUGGCGGCUUCAAUAAAUUCAGCAAAGACAGCGCACCUAAAGCGGGUGGCAAAGUGACAAAAUUCGAUGAUUAGACAAUAUAGAGUGUAUAUUAGAUGAUUUUAUUGUAUGCGAAAUUACAAUUUACUAAUUUAAGUUUAUUCACUUUAUUCGAUUAAGCGAAACUUUCUGAAAUAUUUUCAACAAAUAACAACAAACACAUUUUACUAUUAUUGAAUCAAAACCACCGACUAAAUAUGGUAUCGUGGUGGACGCAAGUAAAGAAAAUUAAGGCAUAAAAUAACCGCAAAUAUAAUCAUAAUAAUCAAUUUAACCAUAUUCAAUGAAGGAACGAACGUUUUAACAACACAAACCAUUGUGUUUUCCCAGUCUGAAUGUUUUGCAAACGUUUAAGCUGUGCGAACGCUUUGACUCAUAUGUUAUUUUAUCCACAAUAUUCAAUAAAUAAAUAUUGCAACUUAUUCAACAGAAA